GUUAGUAAGGCUGACCGCUGUUUUAAUUUUUUAUUCAAGUUUUGCGUUCUUCGUUAUUUAUUUCGGUAAUGUCAAAAUGAUUAAGCAUCAGUUACUGGGAUUUACAUUUUUUAUUUGCGGAAUUUUUUGUAGUUCGAUAAUUAUUCAAUGGUUGCAGCUAUUUAAUAAACAAAAUUUUUCUGAAAUAAUCUGUCGCAUUUGCAGAGACCCGAACUCCGAUGAAGCUUUAACUAAGGAAUCCAAACCUACGUUUUCUAUAUACGGGAAGUCCCGAAAUGAGGAUCAUUUAAUUCAUGUUUUAAGUGUUUUAAAGAGGUUGGGGUUACGAAGAGUACCUCUUCAAGAAAACUGGGAUUUAUUAUGGUCACACGAUUUUCCCUUUCGUAAUCUAUCUAAAAAGUUAAAAAAUUUGGAGUCUCAUCAAAAAGUAAAUCACUUUCCCGGUUGCGGUUUCAUAACAAAUAAGGUAGAUCUUUCGGUAACAAAUUUGCCUUUCCAACCGAAGUCGUAUAGAUUACCAAAAGAUAAAAGUAAGUUUAUUGAAUAUUCGAAGAAACACUCAAAUAAACUAUUUGUUGAAAAACAUAACGAGCAUCGACAUAUAUUUAUUAAAGAAAAGAAGGAUAUAAAUUUAUCAUCCAAUGAAGUUUUCAUUCAAGAAUUUAUAGAUCGCCCUUAUUUAGUUGAUGGUUACAAAUUUGAUAUUGGAGUUUAUGUGAUUUUAACCAGCGUGAAUCCUCUAAGAAUAUAUAUUUAUACUGGAGAUGUAUUGUUUCGAUACUGUACAAAACAAUAUUAUCCAUUUAAUUCAUCUAUCCAGGAAAAAUAUGUGGUGGGGGAUGAUUAUUUACCUUCUUGGAAGGUUCCAUCUUUAAAAGUAUUGUAUAACUCUUUUAAAUUUGGCAUGAAAGAUUCAUUUGAUGGAUAUGUUAAAUCAAAGAAAGAAGAACCUAGUAUUAUAUGGGAUCAAAUUGAAGAUAUUGUGAGGCAGACAAUACUAUCAAAGGAAAAAAAUAUAAUAAUUAUAUUAAAUAAUUAUAAACACAAAAAAAAUUUUUUUGAGUUAAUGAGAUUUGAUUUUGUUGUCGAUGAGAAAUUGAAAGUUUGGUUGAUGGAAGCAAAUAUGAGUCCCAAUUUAUCUUCAGCCCAUUUUAAACAAAAUUCUUUGCUGUAUGAGCAAUUAUUAUACAGCAUGUUUCAGCUUGUUGGAGUUGGACUUCCAGUACAAAGAAAUAGCUUUGAAAAGAGAACUGUGGACGAGGAAUUAAUGAUAUCUUCUGAAAAAAAUUUAGCUGUCUUCGUUCAAGAGUGUUUGAAAAAUUCUUGUGAAUCCAACUGUAGUAAAAGCAAAUGCAAAUUUUGUUUGAAUUGUUUAACAAAAAGCCGUUUACAAAGUCUUCAUGAUGCUUACAGAGAGCAUAUUCAUAAAGCUGACACAAAACGUAUUUUCCCAAAACCAAUUAUAAUUUUACUAACUUCACAUUUAAAAUCUAUAAUUGAAUUUCAUCAUGAAUUACACAUAUAAGUACUUAUAUGUAUAUACUUUAAUCUGGAAAAUUUAAUUUACUUUUAGAUGAACUAUCAAAGUUAUGUAAUUGAAAACGAAAUCAGUGGAUUAAGUGAAGAGAAUGAAUUUAUGGUAAAAUGGUUUUAUGGAAAGUGUCAGAAAGAUUCUAAUUGGUGUAUUUGAAAGUAUACUGAUAGUAAGUUUCGCUUGAAAUAAAAAUUAAUUCAAACAAUUCGAAAAUGUAAUAUUGAUCUUGCUCUAAUCAAAUUUAGUUAAUUUCGCAAGGUAAUUAUCGGAGCCUUUUUAAGGUGAACCUACAUAUUGAUUUAAAAAUAAUUUUGCUUUUAGUCUGAUAUUAAAUAAAGAAUUUUUAAAAUUUU